CCCACGAACUCCUCCCUGGGGCCUGCGUCUUACAUUAUGAUGUUCGUUAUGUCCGCUUGGAAGUGAGCAACUCUCUCCCACUUCCCAUUAUCCAGCAGCAUGGGCAGGGUAGUUACAAACAAGUCCGUCGCGUGCAUCCUGGUCGCCUGCAUUCUAGGAGCCACCCUGCGCAAUGUUGUAUUCGCACCGCCCGAAACCAACAUGGAGGCGGUAUCAUCUCUGGAUUUAGACACUCCCACGUCUCCACUCCAUCUAUUCCAAGAUUACUUUCCAGAGCUCAACUUGGUUGAUGACACUAGCCAAGUCCAAGAGGAGCGUCAGCCGGCUCCACUAGGUGAUCACUAUUACGGUGAUGACGGGUUACUCGUAGUCAACCCCAACGGACCUCAUCCAAUUAUCGAACUUAUAGAGCGUGCGGAGCAAGCUUGGGAAAAAAAGCUUGACCGCGCAAGCAACACUCUUAGCGAAGCUGUCGCCGAAUACAAACGAAGAUACCGCAGGUCUCCACCCAUUCAUUUCGAGAAAUGGUGGGAAUAUGUAGUGACACACAACGUCCAACUUCCAGACGAAUAUGAUGAGAUCUACCAAGAUUUGGAGCCUUUCUGGGGUAUUGAUCCCCUGGAUCUACAGACUACCCGAGAGCAUCUAGAGGCUCAAGACAACACCGUGGUUAUUGGGAAAUCAGAGCAAGGCUCCUUCAUCGAGGUCCUCGACUACCAUUUACCAGAAGACAGUGCAGAGAGACUCCUUGGUCGUAUUGAUCAUGUACUGCAACUCCUCCAGGAUGUAGAAGAAUUUCUGCCUCCUUUCCGCGCCGUUUUCUCCCCUCAUGACAAUCCCAGUAUGCUAUCAGACCACGGUGUAAAAUCCAUGGCCCUUGAUGCGGCUGCUGCUCGCACUACUGUGAAACGAAAUGAAUUACCAAUGGCACAACGGUCUGGAUGGCUCUCGGCCUGCCCUGCAUCAUCCCCUGCCUGGCAAUAUUCCCUCGAUCCCGAUAAGUCCCCCGAGCGCCCAUCUCAGAAAACCUUCAUUUCCGACCAUCGCCUCUCGAUGGACCCUUGCCUGAAUCCUUUUCUUUUCCGCAGCCACGGCCAAUUCCUGUCGCAUAACACGGGGCCGGAUCCUCAAAGCACACUCGUGCCGCGUUUUUCCCUAUGUUCAUCCGUGGUUCACCACGACAUUCGGCCAGCUGUUCCUUACGGGUGGGUUGAGGACCUUCCUGACUCAGCUAACCCGCCGUGGGAAGAGAGGAUAGACGAAAGAUUGCUCUGGCGCGGUACGAACACCGGCAUAUUCCAUGGCUCUAACACCAGGUGGAAGGAAGCGCACAGGGACCGUAUGGUAAGCUACGUCAACGAUAUGAACGGAACAGUGGAUGUGCUUCGUUCGCCCCUGAACGACUCUGAGCCUGUUGGAGAGCCCGUACCGUUGCGCAAAGCACACCUCAAUCCUGCAUUGCUCGACAUGCAAUUCGCCGGAACGGCAGGCUCUUGUUCACCAACUCUCUGUGGUCAGCUGGAUAGACUUUACGACUGGAGAAAAAUGCAGACGCACCAAGAGGCCGGCCGAUAUAAAUAUGUUUUCGAUAUCGACGGGCAUGGGUGGUCAGGGCGUUUUAAACGCCUCAUCACAUCAAAUUCCCUUGUAUUUAAAAAUACGAUAUACCCUGAAUGGUUUAUGGAUCGAGUUGCGCCCUGGGUGCACUACGUGCCUGUGCAGGUCGACCUGUCUGAUUUGUAUGAUACGUUUACGUUCUUCCGUGGUGGACUUCAAGGAGAAGGUGCGCAUGAAGACUUGGCGAAAAAAAUAGCUGCCGCAGGACGCGAAUGGAGCAAAACAUAUUGGAGGCGGGAAGAUCUGACAGCAUACACGUUCCGGUUAUUCCUCGAAUAUGCACGCGUCUCCAGUCUUGACCGCGAUGCAAUGUCAUACAAAGAAGAGACUUAGAGUGAUACCAGUGUACUUGUUUAACAGAAGAUCUUUCGACAGCUUGGAUUUGGCCGUAUCACGCAGGUUGAUGACAGAGCCUUUGUAUAAUCAAUUACCUCUUGACGAGUUCUCCGAUUGUUUCGCGUGGGAUUGCGUAGGAACAAGAACCGGUCACAAAUUGCACAAUGGGACCGGUCAUCGAUGUGUGAUGUGUCCUCGAUCCCGCCCCUUUUCUCUGAUCGUCAUCAGUACGUAACUAAUCACUGCGAUACUUUGAAUGUGACUCGCAUGCAUUUGGUGCCAUGGGCUGUCACCCAGGUAAUCAGUUUCUG